CACGAUUGAGCGAGGAAGCCCUACACUUUGCCCCCUUGCUUUUACAUUUGGUAAUUAAUCUAACGAGAUGUUCCGAAACCGUCUUUACCUGAAGGAAAUCUGCGGCCACAAAAUCGCUGAUAUUCCCUUUUUUAAAGCAAGCGAGAGAGAUGACCCACCUGCUCCACUCGCAGAUUUGGGUCCGCAGCAGAGAGACAAGUUGCCUCGCUCUGCUUACUGCUAUUGCCACUCUAGCUUGCUAGCUUUGUACUCAGGUACAGCGUAGUGCGUGGCAUCGGCAAGCAACACAACAGCAGGCGAGCACAUUCAUUGCUUGGUCUGUGCAGUGCUUGGACACAUCCAUCAUCCAAGAAAACAGUCGACGAUGAGGUGGGGCAAGAGGCUAAAAGAUAUCAAAGCCAAAGUUAGCUCUGCCUAUGACACCAAGAGAGGCAACCACGGCUAUGAUAGACGGAGGGACUACGAAUACUCGGACGAUGAGUACUCCGAUUCGCAGGUUUCCUACCAGGAGGACGAGGAGGAGGAGGGGUCGCUCGCCAGUUGGCCCGAACACAAUGAUUUUCGUGACGGCGACGUAGAACAUCGACAAGAUAAUGAAAUACUGGAGGAAGAGGAGGAGGUGUUCGAUGAGGCUCGUGAAGAGCUUGAUGAACGCGAUGAACUUGACAGUGAAAAUGACUCGGAACUCGUCACAAGAGAUCAAGUCCUGGACGAACUUCGAGCCCAAGCUGCUGCAGAAGCGCUGGGCAAAAGUCUAGAACAGAUGGGUUACAAUCUCGAUAACUGUGACUCGUUCUACAGUUUGUCUGAUAAGGAAGAGGCCGAUAAGCGAUACGACAUUAAGCAGCGAAACUCAGAAGUCUCGGAUCGCUCCAAAUCAGGCUCUCAUCAAAAUAGGCACCACCACCACCAUCGUCGCACCAAGAAAAAGAAGAAAAAGGAAAAACACCGGUCUUCGCGGUCCAGGUAUUCGGCACAAUCAGAUGAUCUCGACGAUGAUACUGUUACGUUUGGCGAAUAUUCCGGUCGUCGUCAUAGCUUUGGCGACUACGAAACGUAUGCAUCCUCUUCGGACGAUGAUUCCGAUUCGUACACCGAGGACGAAACUUCCUUCGCUACCGGACUCGAAUCUUAUUCCAGAACUACUGGCAAGAAAUCAUCACGUAGAAGUCGAAAGUCUUCCAAAUCCAAGAGACACGGCAAAAAGCGGACUCGGGACCACGACACGUACUAUUCGCGAGACUGGACGCGUGGAGAAUCAACCUAUCGCUAUGGAAAAACACUGCGGGCAAACAGCACUCUGUCAUCUGUAUCAGAUUCAGAGGAGUCUGACCUUGACGGCGAUACUGCAUAUUACACGGAGCGCACCAGAAAAGGACACAAAGCAUCGAAAAACAAGCAUGCGCCUCGUGUUGAACGCUCCAAAAAGCACCCGCAUGGAAAGAAGGCGACCAGACACGAACCCAAGCCAUCGUCCUCGCCCAAGGGUAGGGCCCGACAGCCAAAUGCAAAGAAGCAAAGUCCAAAGAAGGUUACUAGACCUCGUGACAUGUCUUCCGAUAGUGAUUCUUCUCAUAUUGGUGCCAUGCGAAGUCUUGACACGCUGUCCCGAGAAUCCAAAGCUGGAGAACAAGAAGGAAAAAACAAAACUAGAGAAAAGAAAGACAGGGGUGAUGGCAAGAAGAAAUCAGGCAGUCCAAAAGCAGCCAAGAAGGACCGAGCGUCCGACGACGACGAAGACGACGGAUCGGAUGCGAAAGCGAAAAGUAGUCCUGCGACGAAGAAGACGUCAAAGGAAUCGAAGGAGAGAAACAACAACGGUGAAACGGAUGUAUCAGACGACGACGAUGGUUCCGAUUCUCCCCAAGAUAAAAACACAAAGACAAAGAAGGAUAAAAACAAUAAGACAAAGAAGGAAGAUGAAAGCGAGUCUGUGGCACCAAGUGAUUCCGAGGAGGGCAAAGAUCAUGACGACCAAGACAACCUCGAGAAAGAAGGGCACUCAGAUAAAAGGAAGCGUAGGGGCUCAAAAACAGCUGCGCGCGACACAGACGACGAUAGUCGGAAGGAGAAGAAGAAAGGAUCGAAGCUCCAUGCAGCACACAAACAUGAUUUGCAGAAGACGAAGAAUGGAACGCCUUCAAAACACAAGCAUAAAAGCAAGAAGAGGGAUGAUCAGUUGGACGGCAAAAAGCACCAUUCUCAUAAGAAGGGUGGGGACCGCACCAAGGAUAAAAACGAGUCCAGCAAGAAACACCGAAAGAGAACGUCUGAUGAGAAGAAGAGGGGUUCAAAGAAGGUAUCUUCGGGAACUGAUGUCGCUGCCUCCAAGAAGUUUUGGCCCCGGCAAUUCAUGUCCCUUCGAAAGAAAAAGCAUGAAGAAAGCGAUGACCAUGAAAAGGAAAAGCCCGAGAAGGUUGCAAAGUCCAAGAAAGCCGUGAAACCCGAAAAAGCUGCAAAGACCAAAAAGGCAGCGAAACCCGAAAAGCAUGAGAAGCGAAAACGGCACAACGAAGAGGCAAAGGAUAGUGGCGAUAGUGGUGACGAAGCCAUGGACGUACUUCCCAGCCCGAGCGAUGAAGUCGAAGAGAAGGAAGAAGAGAGGGCUGAUUCUCCACGACACAGGAAGUUAAACAGCGAACAAAGCAACAGCCGCGAGUCCAGGGAUCGCAGUGUUAGUCCCACUAAAUCGGAUACUAAACGGGAAGCAUCGCCUCAACGGAGUCGAGCUUCUGAAAGGAGCCGAGCAUCUGGAAGCAACCGAGGGUCUGAAAGCAACCGAGCCAAACCUGUUGACAAGGAACGCGCGAAGGAGACUACAUCAUCCGUAAUUCGAGAGAUGUUUGAAUCCAAGACCAACGACAGCUCAAGCAAGAGAGAAUCAGCAGAUCACCAACAAGCAAAGGAUGAUAAUCCUCCGAUAGGAAUAUUGGAAAUGGCGGCAAUGGCAGCCAUGAUACCUCUAGCAGCUCCACUUGCGGUUGCCUAUAGCUGCUAUACAGCGGAUAGCACGCAAGCAAUGCUGAAGAAAACAUCAUGCACAAACUGUCCCAGCAAUAGCACCUCUCGGAAGAAGGGCAGCACAGACCAAAAGACGAAGAACGAUGAAGAGCGCGAAAGCAGGAGGAGAUCUAAAAAGAAACAUCUUGACUCGAUUCUACUGAGUGACGACGACAGUGUGAACUCAGGAAUCAAAAAUCCAAUAUCACCGAGGUCGAAGUCGCCAAGAUCGAAGACGUCGACGAAAGAGACUUCAGAACCUGAUAAGACCAGUCGUGAGCCUGACGAAUCCAAAUCGAAGUCUUCAAAGCAGAGUGCUGAUACUUCAUCUCAUUCCCGUUCCAAGAAAACCUUGAAAAUUCUACCAUCUCGCAAUAAGUCAGCGCCGACACCACCCAUUAUACCGAAGACACACAUUCAGGAAGCCCCCGAAGGCUUUGAGUCAUAUUUGCCCGGUUCCUCCCAGGCUCAAUGCUUAUCGGACACAGCUACACUCGCAAGCCAGGCAUUCACAACCAUUAUUCCAGGUCAGCAGGGAACAGUGGAUUCAAACACUCCACCGAAAUCACAACGGAAAAAGGGGAAGAAAUGGAUACCGAAACUUCCCUUUGGCUCAAGUAAAAAGAGCGACGGAAAGGAAGUUCUCAAGGAGCAGAGUAAUGACAACAUGUUGCCGCUACCGCCAACGACGACGACUAUUGAUGAAAGCACGAACUCACCACGGAAGGAAACUCGAAAGCAAGAGAGGCUCCCGUUUUUGAGGCCUAGCAGGAGCGCACAAUCUGCAGUCGCAAAACUAAACAGUGAAGCUCUACCGUCGUCUUUCUGGGAAGACACGCCUCAGCCGUCACCACGGAAGCAGAGAAAUGUAACCACCAAAAAACGCGUCGCGCCGCCCACUCCUGACGGUGUUCUUGGUCACUUCAAUUGCGCAAAGUCUUCAACAGUAUGCGGGAAAGUGGAGGAAGAAGAUGAAGUGGACAUUGAAAUUGACCAUAGCCUGCUGAGCGACUUUGAGAAUUUAGCUAUUGACGCACUCCGUAAAAAGGCCAAGAAUCAAGAAACGAAGGAAACAGAAUUUGACCCUUCCAAAGCUACGCAAGAGGAUCUGAUGAAAUACUAUGACCUGGGACGAACUCUGUCUGAUGUCAUUGAUGCUCGCCAAACGCUGGAGACAGCAUACGGCCUAGCCUCGGGUGGAGGCAGCUUUGACCACACCAUCGACGAGCAGCUGGUGGAACUCUUGGCUCAUAUGGCCGAGAUGGAUCAAGAGGACGUCGUCGAAAUCGAAGCAGCAAUAAAGAAACUGAAGAGACACGCACGCAAGCUUGGAAUAAGCGAGCGAGAUCUUUUGUUCAGUGUAAAGAGUGCGGAAGAAAGUGCUCUUUCAACGGGGGACGACGACUACCUGAAACAAGACAUUGCUGAAGUAACUCCACCAGCAACAUUUGGAGAGAAGAUGUUCGACGCGUUUGAGGGAUACUUUGGAAAGAGUCGCAAGUAAUCAAAGAAAGCUACAUGUACGACCGCAAUGAUUCGAAAGUCUUGAAUGUAUCUAGCAUUCGAGUCUGCACGGGUACCGACACUCCAAGCCGGCUUCGAUUGAAGAGCUCGCGCCGUGGCUGAAUGAACAAACAAAUGCCACAAAGAAGGA